AUGGGCGUUGUUCACUGCAGCUGUGUGCAGCGAGAGGCCGAGUGUGACUCGACAGUGAGCCCAGGAGUAAUCACGGUCUAUGACGACGGAUUGGUGCCCAACAAACGCAAGAGUUUUCAUGCUGAAGCAUUGGAGCAGUCUCCGGAGAAAUCUCGGAGAUGGGAAUCCGAUGUCACCUUGCCUGGCACGCCUCACGGGCGUACCGAAAUGGAGCAGGCAAUGGAAGACGCAGCAGCCCCAGCAGAGCACAACAAAAGUGAGCCGACAGGGAAGCAAAUCGAGAAACUGGAGGCUCCAGAGUCACUGAUCACUGCCCAUCAUGCCGACCAGGCAGGUAGUGGAGGUACUUUUCCUGACGAGAAUCCUCCUUUGCCUCCACCAGCCACCCCGCCGAGAGGGUCAAGCACGUCCAAGUCCUUUGAAGAAGGUUCAGCUUCCGCUGCCGACAUUACGAUGCAGCCGAUCCCGACCGUUGGCCCAAAGAGCGCGCUGCCUGGGCGUCGGCGAGCUGUCCAGCUUGUAACAUCACAUUUUGUUUUAAAAACGCCCUUGCAUGGGCCCUAUCCCGAAGGGAUGCAGAAAUUUGUUUUUGCAUGUGGAUGCUUCUGGCAAGCAGAACGCGGUGCCUGGCGCCUCCCCGGAGUGUAUAGCACAUCUGCUGGGUAUGCUGCUGGAUAUACACCGAACCCUACCUACGAUGAAGUCUGCAGUGAGGGCACAGGAGCUGCCCAGGCCGUGCAAGUCAUCUUCGAUCCAGGUAUCAUCGGCUUGAUCGACCUGCUGCGAUGGUUCUGGGAGUCACAUGAUCCCACAGCAUCAGCAAAUGGGCCUCAGUUCCGCAGCGGCUUAUAUUAUUUCAACAAGGAGCAGAAGGAGAUCAUGGAAUUUAGCCGGCAAGCGUACCAGGCGUUGCUGGAACGUCCGGGCAAACAUGCAGGAUGCACGAUCACAACUGAAAUCUUGGCCGCUUCAAGCUUUCAGACGUCCCCGGGCGACGUUUUCUAUGUCGCUGAAGAAGAGCACCAGCAGUUUUUGGCGAAACCUGGUGGCGCGGAAGUGCGGAGUUUUGGAGGCGACAUGCGCCAGCCGCUGCCUCAGGAGGCGCAAAAAGAAGUCACGAGCAUCCAGUACACGCAUAACGUCUUGGAACUGAGGAGAAGUGGCCCGUCUCGUGAGUCGGCGAUUUCUUUGGCCGUGUGCCUGAAUGGUGAUCGUGGUGCAGCCCCUGCCCGAUCUUCUGAUGGUGGCACGGCAGACGCUGUGGAGAAGCUGUCGACAGAGAAGAAAGUGGCUGACGACAAGGAGAAAGGGCCGCCGAGCAGUACUCCCCUGCCACAGACAUUCUCGGCCGCAAAGCUGAUGAUGCCACCUGUGCGGAAGAAGGUGGAGCCAGCGAGGAGGCCAUCCAUGCCGGCCUUGGAUCUUUCCAAGCUUGCGGCAGAAAAGGAGGCGCUUAUGAAACAGCGUGCAGCGGCAGAGACCAGCAGCAAGGCUGUUUCGGCUGCAUCCAGUGUAUCCAGUGUGGCGAAGCCAGUUGAAACGGAUUCCGCAGCGGCCGCUUCAACAGCUCCGCUGAGCGAGCCAGUUGUUGCAAGUUUGUUCGGCGAUCCGAAUGAGGAAUACGACCCUGCCAAGCCGAAUGACUACGAUGAGUUUUGCAGAAGGAGGAUGCGCCAGAAAGCUGAAGAGGAAAUGGAGAAGCGCCGCCAAGAGGCAGCUGCCCGACAGCAGGCCAGCAAGGCACCCCAAGCAAAGGAGGAGGAUUUUGCCACGAAAAUGAUGAAGAAGAUGGGUUGGAAGGAUGGUGCUGGACUUGGAAAAGAAGGUCAGGGUAUGGUGAACCCACUUGUCAUGCAAAAAACUGACCAAAAGACGGGUCGCAUCGUCGAGGGUGUGAAGCGCGAGGCGACGGCGGCGCCUGUGGGCCAGCCGGAGGCCAAGCAGGCCAAAGCGUCUCCGAAGCUGCCACCUACCCGCGUGCUUCUUCUGACCAACAUGGUCGGUGCUGGAGAUGUGGACGAGGACCUGCAGGAGGAGACGGCUGAGGAGGCCAGCAAGUAUGGCAAACUCAAGAAGCCCAGCCCUCAAUCAAGAAAUAGCUCAAGAGACUGUGCACAUGCUACACGGCGACAUACAGAUGCCUGCUGCAGCGUGGUCAGCGUUGUGGUCAGAGCCCACAUGCCAGUAGUACUGCAGGACUGCAGGACGCAAUAUAGCAGCUUAACAUGA